AUGAUUGAUGCAUACAUUAUUUGGCAUCAAUCAGUUAUUGAUAGCUUUAACGGAUUGACCCCUUAUGUUUAUAAAAAAUGUCGAAUAAGAGAUCCAUCUCACUCAGAAGAAUCUCCGGGAGGAUUACCUGGGAGUGUAACGUGUGUGGAGGUGGUGUGGCGGCUUGGCUUUUUCUUUGUUCGGGGUUUCGGGAUGGGUCGGGUGGCCAGUCAACCGGUCAAUAUGGUGCUGUAUUUGGAUUAUCAUCGAAGUUUCACUUAA